GGUCGUGAGACAUUUGUGAGCACAUACCCACAAGGUAUAACUCCAAGACUAUUCGUGCCAGAGAGAAUUUAUCUGUUCAAACUUGGUGUCAUCAUGUGGCUUCUGGGUCUUUCAGGAACGUGAAGAAAUGUAUGUUGGAAAACGGAAGUUAGGUUUAACACCUUAGGGUGUCCGCAUAGCAUUAGGACUCACAUUUGGGUGCUGCAGGGCUGUGAGACAAGUUUUUAUACCCUACGUUGCUGUCUGUAGUUACCUGUGCCGUUCGCAACACGCUGGGCCCGAGGGCAGCCCCGUGUCCCUACACUCCGGGGGGCAGCGGGGCCGCUGCAGGCCCGGGACCGCCCUGCUGCGCCGGGGGUGCCGGCGGCCCUGCCCGCGCCCUGCCCUGGCCAGGAGCCGUCACCUGCGUUCCGCCUCCCGGCCCUGCCCGGCCCCGCGGGGCGCCGGGGCGGAGCAGGACCCGGCCCGCCCCGCUGAGCCGCAGGUAGGGCAGCCGCCCACCCGAUCCCGUCGCGUUCGGUCCGCGGUCGGAGUCUCCGCGCCCCCGGCGCUGGCCGAUGGAUCGCGAGGCGGCGGGGGACGAGCUGUCCCGCUUGCGCGCCCUCUUCCUGGCGUGCGACGCCAGCGGCUCGGGCCGCAUCGAGCGGGAGGACUUCGCUGCUCUCUGCGCCGAGCUGCGGGUGCAGCCGGCCGAGGCCGAGGCCAUCUUCCAGCGCCUCGACAGCGACCGCGACGGGGCCAUCACCUUCCCGGAGUUCGCCCGCGGCUUCCGCGGCGCCACGCGGCCGCAGCCCGCUGGCAGCGAGCCGGGGGGCGAGGACAUGGAGGAGGAAGAGGCGUCAGCGGUUUGGGUCGCCGCGGGGCUGGAACAGCCCUGGAAGGACUUCGAGGUGCGGCUCGGGGACGAGGCGAGGUACAUCCCCAGACAGGAGCAGGUCAGUGUUCUGUAUCAGAACAUACACAUAGCAGAACCAAGAUUAAUCCAGCCAUAUGAGCAUGUCAUUAAGAACUUCAUCCAAGAGAUCAAACUUCAAAGCACAGAGAUGGAAACUCUUGCCAUAGCGGUAAAAAGAGCUCAGGACAAAGCAGCAGUUCAACUCAGUGAGUUAGAGGAAGAGAUGGAACUACGGAUACAGGCUGCAGAGCAUAAAGUUAAAAAGGAAGAGAAGCAGAAAGCUGAAGAAGCACUAAAUGAACUGAAGCGCCAGUAUGACACUGAAGUUGGGGAUCUUCAGGUGACAAUAAAAAAACUUAAAAAGCUGGAGGAGCAAUCCAAGUAUGUCAAUCACCGGGAAGAUGUAGUUGAACUGAAGAAAAGAAUACAUGAUAUGUUGCUGGAAAAUCAGAGACUUAAGAAAGAUCUCUUAGAAGCACAGACAAAUAUAGCUUUUCUACAGAGUGAAUUAGAUACCUUGAAAAGCGAGUAUGCAGAUCAGUCUUUGAACACUGAGAGGGAUCUAGAAAUUAUCCGAGAGUAUACUGAAGACAGAGAUAAUCUGGAAAGACAAAUUGAAAUACUUCAAUCUGCUAAUAGAAAAUUACAUGAUAGCAACGAUGGUUUAAGAAGUGCACUUGAAAACAGUUUCAGCAAGUACAACAGAUCAUUGCGGUUAGCAAAUACCUCACCAGGAAGUACCAUUUCUAGAAGCAGUCCUAAAUUUAAUGGUGAACAUUCUCCUUUAAACCCACGAUAUGACAGGUCAUCUCAUUCGUCUUGCCUCGAUGAAGAUUAUGAUUCUUUAGCCCUUUGUGAUCCAAUGCAAAGGAUAAACUGUGAAGUUGACAGCUUACCUGAGAGCUGUUUUGACAGUGGUUUGUCUACCCUGAGAGAUUCAAAUGAGUAUGAUUCAGAAGUGGAAUAUAGACAUCAAAGGAUUUUUCAAAGGUCACAAUGUAUGCAAGAAGGCUUUGGCGGUGAUGCUUCUGAUACAGAUGUUCCAGAGAUCAGAGAUGAAGAAGCAUACAGUCCUGCUAACAGCUCUGCAGUUUUAGACUGGAAGCCCUCACGACCAGUUAGUCGAAGCAGCUCAGUUGCUUCAACAAGGAAACACAUAUCUGCUCUCACCCCUCAGUCAGAUGCAACUGAAUGCACUCCAAAAUACCCCAGUACAGAGAAGGCUUACAAGAUUGUUCUUGCUGGAGAUGCAGCAGUGGGAAAAUCCAGUUUUCUUAUGAGACUUUGCAAGAAUGAAUUUCAAGGCAAUACCAGUGCAACUCUGGGUGUGGAUUUUCAAAUGAAAAGACUAAUUGUUGAUGGAGAACCUACAGUGUUACAGCUGUGGGACACGGCUGGGCAGGAGAGGUUUCGAAGUAUUGCUAAAUCAUACUUCAGAAGAGCAGAUGGUGUCUUACUACUGUACGAUGUAACAUGUGAAAAAAGCUUUAUUAAUGUGAGAGAAUGGGUGGAUAUGAUUGAGGAUGCAACUCACGAGAAUAUUCCAAUUAUGAUGGUGGGAAAUAAGGCAGAUCUCCGUCAAGAUGUCACAGAACAAGGGCAAAAGUGUGUGCCUAUAAACUAUGGAGAAAAGCUGGCUAUGACUUACAAUGCACUGUUCUGUGAAACAAGUGCUAAAGAUGGAUCUAAUAUUGUAGAAGCAGUUCUUCAUCUUGCUCGUGAGGUGCGAAAACGAAGUGAUAAUCAAGAUGAUACAAGAUCAGUAACCAGUCUGGCUGGGACACCUAUCAAAAAGUCGGCACUCACGAAAAACUGUUGUAAUGUUUAAAUGACAGAUAAUUUUCCUUAACUAAGUAACUUGUAUAUUUAAAAAAACCCCAAGCCAACAACCAAACCAAAAUAUUUCGGUAGUGUUUCCUUUUUAUUAUGGAUUUAUACAUUUGCAUAUUUAGAAGCGACACAAAAUGUUAAAAAUCAAGACUACUUUCUACUCAUUCAAAUUUGUGAAAUUGCUACACCCCAUAGACUCUUUUUUCACUUUUAAAAAGUAAUAAUUCAUUGCAAUGAGCUCAGAAUCAAUGCUACAGUGGUCACUGCAUACACUGCAUAAUAUAUAUUGUAAUAUAUAUUAUUGGCUCUACCUGCAGGUUUCUUUAUGGCAUUCAUAUUUCUUAUAUACAGAAUGUAGUAAUAUCCAAUAUCACUCACAGGUAAAGAAAAAAUUACAGGUUCAGUUAAUUUAAUUUCUUUUUGAUCAUGUCUGCAUAUCUAGUUUUUGACAGCCUUAAGGAUAUUAAAUGUUGAUUAAACAUUUCUUGAGAAAACUCCAAACCAUUAAGGGUUGCCUAAGUCCAAGUAAUCCCUAAGUUUAGGGGAACCAGAAUGGUCUUUGUUAGGAGAAGACAGUGGCAGGUGCAUGGUGUUCUCUUGUAGUUCCUCAAAAGUUGGCUGGUUGGAAUGUAUUUAAUUUUGAGUUUUGGGGUUUGACUAAGUGAAAAAUAGACUUUAUAACUGAUCCUACACAGCUAAGAGGUGAAAGAAACAUUUGUCUGGACUAUUACAAUUCAGAAUUCCAGAGAGAAUGUAACACCUGUGAUAUGUAGGAUUGCUGAAAUAAGUUAUGGUCCAGUAUCUUAUCUGCCUGUUUAAGCUAGAGCAUUAUUGUUACUACAGAGUGAUACAAGUUGUAAUUUUUCCUUUGCUUUUUCAAAUAUCUUCUAUUCAGUCAGUAAUUGAAGGAUUGUAAUAGUACAUAGGAGUCUGAUUUAAUAAAUAUUUUAAUGCAUUUUUUAUAGGUUUUAAAUCAGCAGGUGAAAGAAUUGCUGCACAUGCACAAGCAUUUGUAUAAAUUGUUCAGUAAACGAGAACCCUGGAAUGAACAGCAAUCACUUUAA